AUGUCUGCGCCUAUUUUUGCGCAGGAGGCUACUCAAGAGCGUGCUGAGAAUGCACGCCUGUCGUCGUUUGUCGGCGCGCUGGCGCUUGGCGAUCUGGUAAAGAGCACAUUGGGCCCGAAAGGCAUGAACAAGAUUCUGCAGUCGGUCGGCGGCUCGAACGACAUUGUCGUGACGAACGAUGGUGCGACGAUCCUCAAGUCGAUCUACCUUGAUAACCCUGCGGCCAAGAUCCUGGUGAAUAUCUCCAAGGUGCAGGACGACGAGGUGGGCGAUGGCACGACCAGUGUCUGUGUCCUUGCCGCAGAGCUUUUACGCGAGGCGGAGCAGCUCGUCGAGUCGCACAUGCAUCCUCAGGUCGUUGUGGACGGAUACCGUAUCGCGAGCAAGGCUGCGCUCGAGGCGCUCCAGGCCUCGGCGCAGGACCACGCGGCUGACCCCAAGCAGUUCCGUGAGGACCUGCUGAAUAUCGCGCGGACCACGCUCUCCUCCAAGGUCCUGUCGCAGGACAAGGACUACUUUGCGAACCUUGCUGUGGAUGCCGUUUUACGUCUCAAGGGCUCGACCAAUCUGGAGAACAUCCAGAUCAUCAAAAAGCUCGGUGGCAAGCUUACCGACAGCUACCUCGACGAGGGCUUCAUUCUGGACAAGCGCAUCGCGCCCAACUCGGUCAAGCGCUUGGAAAACGCCAAGAUCCUCAUUGCCAACACCUCUAUGGACACGGACAAGAUCAAGGUGUUUGGUGCGCGUGUGCGUGUCGAAGGCACCGGCAAGCUCGCCGAGAUUGAGCGUGCGGAGCGCGACAAGAUGAAGGCCAAGGUCGACCGUAUCAAGGCUCACGGUAUCACCUGCUUUGUGAACCGCCAGCUGAUCUACAACUACCCCGAGUCGCUCUUGACCGAUGCCGGCAUCAUGUGCAUUGAGCACGCCGACUUUGAGGGCGUGGAGCGCCUUGCGCUCGUCACUGGCGGCGAGAUUACCAGCACCUUUGACCGCCCCGACCUCGUCCGUCUCGGCCACUGUGGCGAGAUCGAGGAGGUGAUGAUUGGCGAGGACAAGCUGAUCAAGUUCUCGGGUGUCGCCGCGGGCGAGGCCUGCACUGUGGUGCUGCGUGGCGCCACCUCUCAGAUGAUUGACGAGGCGGAGCGUUCGCUGCACGAUGCGCUCAGUGUCCUGAGCCAGACCGUGAAGGAGACGCGCGUGACCUACGGUGGUGGCUGCGCCGAGAUGGCGAUGAGCAACGCGGUGGACGAAGAGGCGCGCAAGACUUCGGGAAAAAAGGCGCUUGCCGUCGAGGCGUUUGCACGCGCGCUGCGCCAGCUCCCGACCAUCCUGUCCGACAAUGCGGGUCUCGAUUCGUCCGACCUCGUGGCCAAGCUGCGUGCAGCGCACCACGACGGCAAGAGCGACAUGGGUCUCGACCUGGACAGCGGCAAGCUCGCGUCGAUGGCCGAGAUGGGUGUCACGGAAAGCUACAAGCUGAAGCGGCAAGUCGUGGUCUCGGCCAGUGAGGCGGCCGAGAUGAUCAUGCGCGUGGACGACAUUCUGAAGGCGGCCCCGCGCAAGCGCGAAGCCCACUAG